GAUAACAUUGGACACCGGCUCCUGCAGAAGCAUGGAUGGAAGCUGGGUCAGGGCCUGGGAAAAUCUCUUCAGGGCAGGACUGAUCCCAUCCCUAUUGUGGUCAAGUAUGAUGUUAUGGGAAUGGGUCGGAUGGAGAUGGAGCUGGAUUAUGCAGAGGAUGCAACAGAGCGUCGACGUGUCUUGGAAGUGGAAAAAGAAGACACAGAGGAGCUGAGACAGAAAUAUAAGGACUUUGUGGAUAAAGAGAAGGCCAUAGCAAAAGCAUUGGAGGAAUUGCGGGCAAACUUCUACUGCGAACUGUGUGACAAGCAAUAUCAGAAACACCAGGAGUUUGACAACCACAUUAACUCUUACGAUCAUGCACACAAACAGAGGCUAAAGGACUUAAAACAAAGAGAAUUUGCACGAAAUGUAUCUUCACGAUCCCGGAAAGAUGAGAGGAAGCAAGAGAAAGCUCUGAAACGUCUGCUUGAGUUGGCAGAACAGAGAAAGAUAGCAGAAAGUGCACCAGGCAGUGGACCCAUGUUCAAGGCAACCACUGUUGCUGUUGAUGAAGAAGGAACUGAAGAGGAAGAUGUACUAAUCGGCUUCACCUCCCCAGCACAUGACAGCCCUAGAUCUAUUCCUGAAGAAAAGGCACCCCAGCCAUCAACAUCUCCUGCUCAAGCAGUCGGCUUUGGAUUUAAGAGUUCCACUGGCACAUCAUCUCUGCAGAAAGUGGGAUUUUCAUUUUCUUUUGCCAAGAAGACUCCACUUAAAUUAGAAUCUUCAGCUGCUGUCUUCAAAGAUGUUGCAGAAGAAGUUGGAUCUCCUGAAGAGGAUAAGGAGGCAGAAAAAGCACCAACUGAACUUAUUGGAGCGAUUAAAUCAUCUGAGGGGGAGAACAGCCGAGGAAGUGAUAGUAAAACAGAGGAAGAUGAAAGUCAGGUUGAUACUGGGGCUUCCCUUGCAAGCACCCUUUCCAAGUUGAAGAAAAUGAAGCGUGAAGAUAGAGGAAGUCAAGCUGGAGAGCCCGAGUAUUAUCACUACAUGCCACCUGCUCACUGUAAGGUAAAACCUAAUUUUCAGUUUUUGCUCUUUAUGAGGUCAACAGAACAAACUCUUGCUGAGAACAAACCACUAAAAGAGGAGGAGAAACCAUUUCAUUCAAACAAGGCAAAAUCUUCAAAAGCUCCAGAGUCAGAUAAGACUAGUGCUGCUGAAAGCCAGACAGUUAGCUCUCAGCAGAAAGUGAGUUCAACUUCUAUGCCUAAAGCCAUAAAAGAUGUAGCUGCUAAUGAGAAAAUUAACCCGUCUUCAAAAACAGAGUCUCCCAAGGAUAGUUCCAUGGCUAGUAAAGAACAACCAGAAAGACCAAAUCAUCCAACUGGGCCGUUUUUUCCAGUACUGAGUAAAGAUGAGAGCACUACUCUGCAGUGGCCCUCUGAGUUACUAAUCUUCACUCAGGCUGGGCCUGCUAUCUCCUAUAGCUGCAACCCUUUAUAUUUUGACUUUAAACUAUCAAGAAAUAAAGAUGGUAAGGGGAAGGCAAUUGAUAAAUCUAAAGAUAACUCUGGGGCAAGCAAGGAUACUGUGUCUUCUACACCUAGCAAAGACUCUGAAAGUUUAGGGGGAAACAAGGAAGCCAAACAAGUGGUGCACACAUGUGGUGCUCAACCCAAACUAUCCUCUGCUACUAUAGGUGAAAGUAAAAAAGAUUCUCUUGAGGAGGAGAACACUGUUGAGGUUGCUGGAAAGUCUCGCAAGUACAAGAAGAAAAAAAAGCACAAAAAAAGUAGCAAACAUAAGAGGAAACACAAGGAAGGAGAGGAGGGGACAGAACAUAAAGUAAAGAAACGCAAAAAGCAUAAACACAAGAAGGCAAAGGCACCUUCCAAAACAGCCAUAAAAAUUGAGGAGCCAGAAUCUGGAAAAAUUUCUGCAGUGUCCAGCAGUACUAAAGAUCUUGCACAAAAAAAAUUACUGCCUCAGGAAGACCCUGGAACAGGGGGUAAUAUUAACACUAAACAAGAGGUUCCCAGUUGCUCCAAAGAACCUGAGAAAAAAAAACAAAAAUUGGAAACUAAACCGGGGCCAUUACUUCCCGCACCACAUGAAUUGUCUUCCUCUACUUCCCACAAACACACCCCUUCAAAGGCCAGGAGUAGACAGAGCAGUGGUGAUUAUGAUAGUGAGGAUGCCUCUCCAAAAAGGAAAAAAUCCAUAGAAAGAGAUAGUGAUGAAUAUGACUCUACCAGUGAUCGCUCCAGAAGCCGGUCUCGGUCGGGAAAAAGGAGAUCUUAUUCUUCCAGUACCGGAGAAUCCUCUGACCGGAGUCGUUAUAGUCGGGAUAGAAGCUAUUCAGACAGUGAAUAUAGUGACUAUAGCAGCAGUCCACGACAUCGUUCCAAACGUUCUCCAAGAUCUGACUCUGACUCAGUAGCUUCAAAACGACACUCCAAAAGGCAUAAAUAUUCCUCUUCUGACUACAGCCGGAGUCGGUCAACAAGUCGCAGCCGCUCCAGAGGAAAUAGAAGUAGAGGCCGGGGAAGAUCAAGUAGCAGUAGCCGAAGUCGUAGCAAGAGAAGUCGCAGCCUGACUGGACACAGCUGGAAACGCAGUCGGAGCUAUAGUAGAGAUCGAAGCACCAGUACCCGCAGUCAUUCUGGGAAGGGAUCACACAGAAGGGAGAGUGCUGACAGCCACAGGGGGGGGAGACGUGACUUCAACCAUUCAAAAAUAUACCGCUCGCAGUCCCCCCACUAUACACGGUCUGGAAGCAGAAGAGAAGACUCUCGUACUGAUGCAAGGGGGAGUAGCAGCUCUUUACUUCCUCGAAGAAGCACUGAAAAGGAUUUUGGCCGGUGUUCUCUAACUGCCAAACAGCUUCUGGAGAAGAUACAGUCACGCCGCUUAGAAAAAGGAGCUGGUGUUGGAGAAGAUGCAUGCUCAGGGAUUAGUAAGACUGGAGCUAAAGUGAAAGACCCUCCACAAGGAUACUUUGGCCCCAAACUACCACCUGUCCUUGGAACUAAACCUCCACAACUCCCCAUUAUAGGAAAAUUGCCUGCAGGUCUUAAGGUAGGAUCUUCUCGGAAAGGAGAAAAUGAAGCAGGAGAGACAGAUGCAGUGGUUGCAGAGCAAGAAAUAGAAGUAAAACCCCUGUUGGGGGAUAAUCCUAUUGUACCAGAUAGCUCUACAAAUGUUGCAGAAGAUAAUACAGAGUUGCCUUCAGAGGCACCAGUUUGCUUCCAUCACCCUCCUCCAGGGUUUGGAGAAGCUGCUGGACCUCACUCUCUAGGCAAUGGCAACUUGCCAUUUCCUCCCCUCCAUGGGAGAAUGUUGGCCCCUCCAUCAGAAACAGAUUUUUUCCAGUCUGGAUACCCACCUCUCACAGUUGAUCCAGUUUCUGCCACAAUAGAUGGUGUGGAUGAGGAAGAUGAAGAGGAAGAUGAUGAGGCUUCACUGGCACCCCUAGAGAGCCAGCCCAUCACUUUUACCCCAGAAGAGAUGGAAAAGUACAGUAAGCUUCAACAGGCAGCUCAGCAGCAUAUUCAACAGCAACUAAUGGCAAAACAGGUUAAAAGUUUCCCAGCAGGAGCAGUACCACCAGCACUACAGCCUGCUAGUCCAGCCCUCCAACCUAUUCACUUACAGCAGGCACCACCCCCUGCUUCUGCAACCUCCUUAACCACUGUCCAGCAUGCUAUCCUUCAGCAUGCUGCUGCUGCAGCAGCCAUGGGUAUACAACCUCAUCCACAGCACUUAACUCAGGUGCACCAUAUUCCACAGCAUCAUUUAACUCCUAUAUCUCUCUCCCACCUUACCCACUCACUUAUUCCAGCUCAUCCUGCUGCUUUUCUUGCUAGUCAUCCCAUUCACAUCAUCCCAGCUUCUGCACUUCAUCCUGGGGGACCCCUCACUUUGCAUCAUGUCCCUCAUGCUCUGUAUCCAACUCUCUUUGCUCCACGUCCAUCCUCUGCUGCAGCUGCCACUGCGUUGCACCUUCAUCCCUUGCUUCACCCUAUAUUCUCAAGCCAGGAUCUGCAACACCCACCCAAUCAUGGGACAUAAGGGUUCACCAACCUGGCUUUGAUAACUGCAAAGGAAAAAUAUUUCUUCUGCAGACACUUCAGGCUCUAAAGAGGACAUACCAGCUUCAUUGAGGUCAUUUUAAAAUGUGUUCUGUUGGUCACCUUCAGCCUUCCCUUAGAAGUAUUAAUCCUUAUUUAAUGGUCUUUAUUUUUGACACAAGUCUUGAACUUUGGCUGAAUGCCCAACUGAUUGAAUGAGUUAUCAGAUGGAUGUGAUGGAGAAAUGUUUUGUAUAUUUCUAAUUGUGUCCUCCCCAUGGUUGUCCUGGAUGUCAGGCGUCAAAAAAAAGCAGCAGCAUUUCAUAUAUUUUAUCCUUUCUUUAUUGGAACAGCAUAAGAUCUUAUACUGUUAAAAUAAAGAAAGGAUAUAAUAUAAAAGUGCUGCUGCUUUUUUUGAUUAAUUGAAGAGAAUGGGGUACAUGCAGAGCCCUGCAGCUUGCACUCUUUGAGGAACAAUUAAUGAUGAACACUUGUCUAUAAAUUCUGGAAGCCAGGAGGCCAUAGUUCCUAAACACUUUUACAUUUGUCUCAUUUUUAAUUAUUCUGUGUACAUCUGUAUAUGUAACCCUUACCAUUUUCCUUAAUAUUCUGGCUGGCUCUUGAUUUUGAUUUAAAAAAUAAAUGUAACCGACCUUUACUCUAAUUUAUCAACCAAGGGUUCCUACUUACCACAUUAAGAUGUCAGGGCUUACAUAACCAACUACUGUUAAUGACAAGCCACCAUUAUUAGAAUGAAGAUUUGGAAAUAAAUCUGCACUCUGUGUGUGUGUAUAUAUAUAUAUAUUUUUUAUUUUAAUUUUAUUUUUUUUGCUGUAGUUGCACAAUUUAAAGGACAGAACUAUAGUUUUCAUCUUAAUUGCAAAAAAGAGAAGAAAAAUCAGCUGCUGUGGCAUGUAUAUUUUAUCAAACUCCAUAUUUUGUCCAGGUUUUGAUGUAUGAUAUAAAUGUACAAAGAGUAAUUACAAAAAAAAAAAAAGUUUCUGGAUUGCAGACGAGAAAGUAUGUAAUAUUGUAAGAAAUUCUAAUAAAAGAACAGAUUGUUACAUAA